AUGGUUCUAAUCUAUGUCAAAUCGGGUGAAUGGAUGUGUAGUCGCGGUGAUGACUGGAGUUUUGUGGUAGACAAAGAAAUGCGUGGUCGAAUGGUAACAUUAGCAACAACUACUACGUUGAAGCAGCUCAAGAUAACGGUGUGUGAGGAUUAUGGGGUGGACCAUAAUGCCAUUAAUGCCGAGUUCAGUUAUUCGUUGUUGAAUCAAAAAGGGAAUCCUCCAAUUAUUAUCACCAAUAAUCGGCAAGCAUCUAAUUUUGUGGGCUAUGCAAAGAGGGAAUCGUCUACUACCUUGUGUGUGAUGUUCUCUGUUUCUGGUGUAAAUCAAAAGGAACGAGUCAAUAUCGAUUUGAAUAAGGAGCCUUGGACACUUCUUGUUGUUACUGCUGUAGAUGGUAACUCUAAUUUGUAUCCGAUUGCAUUUGGGGUUGUUGAUUCAGAGAAUGACGAUUCAUGGGGGUGGUUCUUCAGACAGUUGAAAGUGGUUAUUGCUGAUUGUCAAGAUCUAGCUUUUGUCUCAAAUAGAAAUGCGUCUAUUUCUAAAGCUAUUGGGACUGUCUACCCUCGAUCAGCACAUGGAAUUUGCAUUCAUCACUUAUUGACCAAUGUGGUCUCAUUUUUCAAGACAAAAGGAUUGACUGCGUUGGUGGAAAAGGCUUCACGGGCAUAUAGGUACACUGAAUUUCAAGAACGAAUCACCGAAAUUUUUGAUAUGAGUCCUGAGCUUGGAAGAUAUCUACGGGAAGCUGAUGUGCGCAAAUGGGCUUGUUCUCUCUUCCCUCGCUCCAGGUAUGACAUUAGGACCACGAACCCUGCAGAGACUAUAAAUUCAGUUCUUAGAAUACCUAGAGAAUAUCCGGUUAUUCCUUUGCUUGAUAGUAUAAGAGAACUGUUGACUCGAUGGUUCUAUGAGCGUCGCUUGUUAAGCUCAAAGCAUGUAGAUCCUUUAACCGCUAAGGUGGAGAGAAAGAUUGAUAGGAGAAUUGUGAAGGCAAAAGGAUUCCAGGUUUACAAGGUUGACAACUUCAGAUCGGUUGUAAAAGGAGACAUAUAUGAUUGUCAUGUUGAUUUGGAAAGAAGAACAUGCACAUGUGGUAAGUAUGAUAUAGGAAAAAUUCCUUGCCGACACGCCAUUCCUGCAAUUUAUUCACGAGGUAUGGAAGUGCACAGAUUCACUGACGCCUUAUACAGCACUGCAGCGUGGAGAACCGCCUAUGCAGAUUCCAUUAAUCCAAUAGCAGUUCCAGAGUCUUAA